AUGAUAAAUUUCGGUUGGACUUUCUCUUCUGACUCCGUGUUCGAACCCAUUCUAAUGGAUCCAUGUAGGCUACUUGCUCUUGUCCUGCUUGUCAGAAUUGUUUUUCAUGCAGGUGCUGAAGAUUCAGAGAUUGAUUCUCUGUCACUUUCGGGCACAAUCCAAGGCAACUUGUCUGCUUCGAGGAACAACUUCACUGAGAUCCACAUAUCACCACAGAAAUGCUCUUUGGAGGUCCUCGACUUGUCAAGCAACAAUUUCACUAGUGAUUUUCUAGAUAUUCUUUUGGUUACGUGCAAAGGCAUCAGAAGCUUACAAGAGCUUUCACUGUCGUCGAAUAAUUUGACAGGGGAACUUUCUGGUCUACGUUCAUCCAACAGCCUUCAGAAGCUCAACCUGUCUACCAACGUUUUCACAUCAUUUCAGAUCGAGCAGUGUCCUACUCUGGAGGAGCUGGAUCUCUCUUUUAACAACAUUUCUGGGACAGACAAAUUCCAAGCUGGAUCGGGCUCAUCGGAAGUGGAAGAGGAUGAAAUAACCGAAAUAACCUUCCCGUUACUGAUCGUGUAUGUGAUCAACAAAGAGCUAUCCAUCUGCAAAGCUUACGAGGAGGUUUUCAUACUGCAGGGGAUCCGCUUGGAUGACUUUGAGCACAAAGAUGGCUCUUCCUGGUACCUCCUAGGGCCAUUCCUUCGAAACCUCAAGAACCUGGAGUGGCUAGAUUUAUCACAGAACUGGCUUGAAUCACACAUCCCGGACUCGCUUGAUGAUGAUCAAGGUGAUGGUGGUGAUGGUCAAAUGAUUCUGGUUGCCAUUAUUAGUGGUGGUGCUUCAUUCCUACUAUGUAGUUUUCUUCAACUUGUUUUUCAUGGAGAUGCUGAAGAUUCAGAGUUGGAAGCACUCUUGAGCUUUAAAAAUUCUGUGGAUGAUCCUCUGGUGGCACUGAAUAACUGGAAGGCAGGCACAGACGUUUGCCAAUGGAUUGGUGUAAGUUGUUCCUCGGUAGGCCGCAUCACUGGCAUACAGCUUGAUUCUCUGUCACUUUCGGGCCUUCUUCCAUUUUCUACCAUCCAAGCCCUGCCUCAACUACGCACCUUGAGUGCUUCUGGGAACAACUUCACUGGGAUCAAAAUAUCACCGCAGAAAUGCUCUUUGGAGGUCCUCAAUUUGUCAAGCAACGAUUUCACUAGUGAUUUUCUAGAUAUUCUUUUGGUUACUUGCAAAGACAUCAGGUACUUGAACCUCUCACACAACAAGCUAAGAAAAAUUUCGCUGAAGGGAACAAUCGGGCAUGUUAUGGUUUCGGUUGAUUUAUCUCACAACAGAAUCAGUGGCUCGAUACCUGCUUCCUUUUUCACAUUGUGUAAGAGCUUGCGGUUUCUAGACAUAUCGAGCAAUCAGCUGGUUGGAGGGGUGCCUGAAGAUAUGUUUAUAAACUGCAGAAGCUUACAAGAGCUUUCACUGUCGUCGAAUAAUUUGACAGGGGAACUUUCUGGUCUACGUUCAUCCAACAGUCUUCAGAAGCUCAACCUGUCUACCAACUUCUUCACAACAUUUCAGAUCAAGCACUGUCCUACUCUGGAGGAGCUAGAUCUCUCUUUUAACAACAUUUCUGGGACAGUUUUUUGGAAGGAUUGUGCUGCUUUGAAGAUGCUCAAUCUAUCAGACAAUCACUUAUCUGGCCCAUUCCUCUCGGUAUUUGCCAAUCGAAGUUUAGCUACGGUUUUCAAGUCUCUUAAAGUUCUCCAAGCCGACCACAACAACUUUAUAGGUGAACUCCCUACAGUUCCUCCAAGUCUUAAUGUUCUAGACCUGAGCUGCAACUUGUUCAGCACUGGCAACCCAAACAUCUGCCCUGCAAGGUCCUCACUUAAGUCUUUGCUGCUGGUAUAUAACAGGUUGCAUGGUCGGGUUCUGAACUCAGCCAUGAACUGUGGUAACCUGGAAAUGCUUGAUAUCAGCAUCAAUUCUCUAGCAGGGCCCAUUCCAGUGGAUAUGUGCAGCAGACUUCCGAAGCUUCAACAUCUUCUUCUUUGGGGGAACAAUCUUGAAGGCAGCAUACCCGCUACAAUCAGCAACUGCAGUGAGCUGGUGACACUAAAUCUCAGUUUUAACAAUCUCACAGGUGUCAUUCCUCAGCAGAUAUCUGGGCUGAAGAAACUCUGGUUGCUGCUUCUGAGCAACAACAUGAUAUCUGGAGCAAUCCCCGCAUCUAUUGGAAGUAUGUUGAGCCUUCGAUCUCUCGUACUGGGUCACAACAUGCUUCAGGGUGGUCUACCAAGUGAGCUUAGAAACAACAAGGGUCUAACUUUGUUUUUAGUGAACGACAAUCAGUUGACAGGACAAAUUCCAGGCUGGAUCGGCCGCUCAUCAGAAGUGGAAGAGGAUAAAAUAACCGAAGUAACCUUCCCGUUUCUGAUGGUGUUUGCAAUCAACAUAGAGGCAUCCAUCUGCAAAGCUUAUGAGGAGGUUUUCAUACUGCAAGGGAUCCGCUUGGAUGACUUUGAGCAACUUCCGUUUGCAACCAGAUGCAGAAGAUGGUUCUUUCUGGCACCUCCUGGUUUCAACUUAACAAUAUAUACUCUGGUAAACAGUCCUUUGGCUAUUGAUCUCUCGCACAACAGCUUCACUGGAACAAUCCCAGAGGAAUUCGGUGGCAUGCGAGACUUAAAUGUGCUAAAUCUCGCACACAACUUACUUACGGGGGCCAUUCCUUCCACAAUUGGAAACCUCAAGAACCUGGAGUGGCUAGAUUUAUCACAGAACUGGCUUGAAUCAAACAUCCCGGACUCGCUUGGCAACCUCACCUUCCUGAAUUACUUAAACAUCUCGAACAACAAGCUUUUCGGAAGGGUUCCACAGAGUGCUCAACUUGCAUUAUUCCCGGUGAGCAGCUAUGAAGGAAACCCAGGCCUUUGUGGCUUCCCCCUUGCAGAGUGUGCUAGUUUGCAUGAUCCUUUUCAUGAUGAUCACAAAGAUGAAAACGAUGAUGACGGUCAUGGCGAUCAAACGAUUCUGGCUGCCAUUGUUGGUGGUGGUGUUUCAUGCAUCCUGUGGACCUUCGCAGUUUUCUUCAGUAAGAGAUGGGAGGCACUGCUUAAACGUUUAAUAUAA